ACAGGGGAGAAUCUUUAUACAUGUAAUGACUGUGGAAAAACUUUUCACAAGAACUCACUCUUCAGAAGUUGUCAGAGAACUUACACAGGUGACAAACCAUAUGAAUAUAAUGAAUGUAGGAAAUCUUUUUCCCACAACUCAGCCCACCUUACACAUAAGAGAAUUUAUGGAGGGGAGAGGUCCUAUAAAUGUAAUGAGUGUGGAAAAACCUUUCACCGGAAGUCAGAACUCAGGAAGCAUCAGAGAAUUCACACAGGGGAAAGGCCCUAUAAAUGUGAGUGUGGAAAAACCUUUUACUAUAAGUCACACCUCAACAGGCACAGAAUUCACACAGGUGAAAGGCCCUAUAAAUGCAAUGAGUGUGGAAAAACCUUUUCCUGUAAGUCAAACCUCCGUGCACAUCAGAGAACUCACACAGGUGAGAAACCGUAUGAACGUAAGGAAUGUAGAAAACCUUUCUUCUAUAAAUCACAGCUCAAUAGACAUAAGAGAAUUCACAAUGAAGAAAGUCCCUAUGAAUGUAAUGAGUGUGGAAAAACCUUUCACCGGAAGUCAGACCU